AUGCCUCAAAAUGAGUACAUGGAACGACACACUGCUCUACAUGGCAAGCGUCUCGAUCACGAUGAGCGAGUACGAAAGCGAACGGCGAGAGAAGGUCAUGACCUCUCGGAGAAGGCCCAGAAGCUCACAGGACUGCGAGCGAAGCUCCAUCAGAAGAAGCGACACUCGGAAAAGAUCCAGAUGAAGAAAGCCAUCAAGGUCCAAGAAGAGAGGAACGCUAAGUCGACGGCGCCCAGCGAGCCAUCCUCAACGCCUCUACCCAACUACCUUCUCGAUCGCUCCGAGUCGAACCAGGCAAAGGCAUUGUCGAGUGCUAUCAAGAACCGUCGGAAAGAACGCAGCGCGCAGUAUGCUGUGCCGUUGCCCAAAGUACGUGGAAUAGCGGAGGAUGAGAUGUUCAAAGUGGUGAAGACUGGCAAGAAAACUCAGAAGAAGGCUUGGAAGCGAAUGAUCACGCAGCCUACCUUCGUUGGACCCGACUUCACCCGCCGAGCACCCAAGUUUGAGCGCUUCAUUCGCCCUAUGGGUCUCCGUUACAAAAAGGCGAACGUGACACAUCCAGAAUUAGCUGUCACUGUUCAACUCCCGAUCUUGGGUGUCAAGAAGAAUCCCCAGAAUCCCCUGUACACCCAACUGGGCGUCUUGUCAAAAGGAACGGUUAUCGAGGUGAAUGUCAGCGAACUUGGACUUGUCACGACCGGAGGAAAGGUGGUCUGGGGUAAAUACGCGCAAGUCACGAAUGAUCCUAGCCGAGACGGAUGUUUGAAUGCGGUUCUUUUGGUCUGA